AUUAAAACAUUUAUUUACUCUACACCAUGGUUCUAACAAGAAAUGUGAGGAAAGCUUUGGAUUCUCCUCCUCCUCUUGAGUGCCUACCGGAAAAAAAACUUAAAAUAAAGAAACAGAGAAAACUGAGAACGCCUCAGUUAAAAGCUCCAAUACAGCCUGAUCUAGAUUCAUCUAGUGAAUUAAAGGGGCAGCUAAAAAUCACGGACUUUUAUGACAGCAUAGUUCUCCAAAUCUCCGACAGAGAAUUAGGGAAAGUUGCAACUACUUCCCUGGACUGGUCCCUCCCUACCAAGGCUUACUCACACAAUGUAAGGAGUGUAUCAGAUAUCCCGGACUUAGCCACGGAAAUUGAGAUAGCAGAGAGGUCAAAUUUAAAUCAACUAAAGUCUUCGACAGACUGUAAUAACAAAGGCUCAGCACUGACUUUUACUGAGUCCCUGUCUGGUAACUUUCCACAAGAUCCUACUCCCCAGCUGUUCGGCUCCCUCUUGGAAUCACAGAUCUCAGUAGGAAAAACAUCUGAGGUGUCCCCCCUUCUGUUAUCUACCCUGAUCGAUCCUUGGUAGAGGCCUCCAAUCAAGCGCCUCAGGUCGCCCCCCCCAGGGAUGAUAUUUUAUUAGGUGCGAUCUACAUGAUGGCAGAGGAUCUAGAGCAUAUUAAAACAUUUCUGAAUGAAUGUAACUCAUUACUAACAACUUUAGUUGCUCUAUCUCGUGACACUCAGACCCCGCGUCAGACUACUACACAGACCUAUACAUCAAAACAUUCUUCGGCCAAAAUGACAGCCCCCUCAAAACCUAAUCGGAAAAAGAAAAGGGGCCUGGCUUUCCACCAAAAAAAGACAAAAAACAUCAAAAAUAUCAAAACCCAAAACAUUUCUCACAAUAAUAAGAUGAAUUUUAAGAGACUAUUUAAGUUUCUGGAAAAUCCGACAAAGAAGGACAGCAAGAAACCCAUGCUUGGCUUAAAGACACCCCUAUAUAAGGGGCUUUCACCAAAACCCGAUGACGCUGGAAUAAAAUCUUUUACCUCUCCCUCGGUGAAGGAGAACCUGGAUAGUCUUGACACUCCAAGUCCAACACAGUGGCCUUUACAUCAGGACCCUUGGACGGAUGUCUUAGAGGGUGCAUAUCCUCUUCAAAACUCCUUAUCUUCCGUCCCACUGCAACGAUGGAAUCUUGUCCUUAAUAGAUCAAAACUGGUCUUUGAAAAUUACCCUAAGCCAAGGGGCUAUAUUCAUUCCUCUCAGAGGAAACUUCAUCUCCUUUCUAUCAUGAACAAGGCCAUGACAACUCCCUUAAAGAUCAGAGACAUCAUCCAGGUGGAAUAUCUUUAUUAUAACAACUUUAGAGCUAGGGCGGUGGUCUCUCUUCACCACAGAUCAACUAGGCGAUCAGCAAGAAGUGCCAUGGGUGGUACCAGCUCAAAAGCAACUGUAAGAAGUAACCUUGAAAGCCUAAAGGCUGCUAUGGAGCAAGGGAAUCUCUCAGAUCUGGCAAAUCAAAUCCAUCAUGAGUUGGAUUUAUUGGAAAACACCACGCUUGACAUCGCCAUCACAGGGGGGUCGGGUGCUGGCAAAUCAUCCAUAGUCAAUGCCCUUCGGGGCAUGAAAGAUGAAGAAGAGGGUUCAUCUCAGACUGGGGUGACACAGAGUACAAUGAAGCCCAUAGGAUAUCCACACCCCAUCUUCCCAAAAGUAACAAUGUGGGAUCUCCCAGGAAUUGGGACACCUCAGUUUAAAGCAAAAGAAUAUGUAAAAGAUAUGAAUUUUAACAAGUAUGAUUUCUUCAUCAUUGUUGCUGCAGAACGCUUCACUGAGAAUGAUGCCGACCUGGCCUGUGAGAUUCAAAAAAUGAACAAGAAUUUUUUCUAUGUUCGCACCAAAGUGGAUGUCAGCAUGGAUGCUGAAAGACGAAAAACAAACUUCAGUGAGGCCAAAACCCUCAAGGAGAUAAGGGAUUACUGCUUUGUUAAUUUGAAAAAGUUGGGUGAGUCUUCUCCAAGGGUUUUUCUAAUAUCUAGGUGGGAUUUGAACAUAUAUGAUUUCCCCCUCCUGCAGGACAAUUUGGAGAAUGAACUGAAUGAUCUCAAGAGGUAUGCAUUAAUUCUGGCCCUGCCAUCUUACUCAUCUGAAAUCCUGAAAAAGAAAAAGGCUCUGAUGGAGGUCUAUGCAUGGAAGCUAGCAAUUGUGCCUUGUUAUUUUGGAGCACAGCGUCUUCCACUCCUUUCUAUUAUUUGUAAUGUUUUCACCUUGUUGGAAGCAAUUAAACUUUUCCAGAAAGUCUUUGGCUUGGAUGAGGUGUCUCUCCGUAGACUUGCAAACUGGGUCGGCAAGCCUAUUGAUAUGUUGAGGUCAACUAUCAAAAACACCCCAACGGAUAAUGAGACCACUACAGAAUGGUUAAUCAGCCUCUUCCCUGACAUCUUGUGUACAAUACCAUCAGUUAUAGAAGAGGCUUUAGGUUUUGACCCAAUGUCAAGAUCCCUAACUACUGAAGAAUAUUCUUUCUUAGCCACAUUAAUCUUGCUGAAGAAUGUUUUAGCAAGUGUUGAGGAAGAUGCUGCAAAUGUUUGGGCAAAAGCUGCUGAGUGCGAAAAGUCCCAAAGAAAGACCCAAGGCACCCAGCAAGGAGAGGGUGAGAUACCAAGGGAGCUGCUCCAUACCCUUGAAAGAGAGUCAGAGUCCACGACCAUGGCUAAGAUGAUGGAGAACAGCAAGAUAGCAGAUGUCCUGAGUACUCUGCUAGAAGCACCGGAUAAGAUCAAACUUGACAUUGCCAUCACAGGAAAGUCGGGUGCUGGCAAAUCUGCCCUGGUGAAUGCCCUUCGAGGUCUUAGCGAUGAUGAGGAAGGUGCUGCGAAAACUGGAGUACAACAGACCACUAUGGAAGUAGCAGCAUAUCAGCAUCCUAAACAUCCCAGUGUCACAAUAUGGGAUCUCCCAGGAAUUGGCACUCCUGAAUUCAAGGCUGCGACGUACCUCUGGCAGGUAAACUUUGAGCGCUAUGACUUCUUUAUUAUAGUCAGCUGGCGCCGUUUAUGCAGCAGUGAUAUCCUCCUGGCAAAAGGAAUUAAACAGCUGGGAAAGAAGUUUUACUUUGUGCACACUAAGAUUGACAUGGUACUGGAAGGUGUGAAGAGAGGACGGAGUCACUAUUUUGAUGAGGGGAGCGUGCUGCAAGAAAUCAGGGAUGCCUGCAUACAGAAACUCGAAGAAGAAAAGUUUGCUUCUCAAGAGGUUUUCCUCCUUUCCAGAUAUGAUCUCAAUAAGUAUGAUUUUCACCUUUUGGAGGAAACACUAGAAAAAGACCUCCCUGCCCACAAACAACGAGCUUUUGUAUUGGCCCUUCCAACCAUCUCCGCACAAAUCCUUCAGAAGAAAAAAAUGAUUCUGAAGAAACACGCGUGGGAAGUAGCCACUGCAUCCUGUGGUGUAACCGCAACCCCCACAGCAAGCCUCCCUUUUCCUUGUGACGUCUCCAUCCUCCUCCCCUCCAUGUUAAACUACUAUCAAGAGUUUGGCCUGGAUGACAAUUCUCUCUCCAGACUUGCUAGGCUGGUGGACCAACCUGAGGCUCAGCUCAAAGCGGAGAUGAAGUCCCCCCUGGCUUCGAUGUUGCCUAAUCAUGUAAGCAGGCUUCUGACUGAGGCACAGGGUGGGUUUUUCAGUAGAAUCGUUUCACAUUUAUUAUUGCCCAUUGGUUCCCCGGCAGCAGGAAGACUUGCUUUUACGACAACACUACGAAUGCUGGAAAGAUUUGUGGACAAUCUGGAGGACGAUGCUGAAAGGGUUCUUAACAGGGCUAUCAGGAGGAAAAGCACAUAGGCAAGGAUGGUUCUUCCUAUUAGGUUUGCGAAAACAUGGUUGUUUGAAGGAGAAUUAGAGGUGGUGGGAUGGAGGCUCCAUUCUGUAUACAUUUUUGGUUCUCUAAGGUUCUCAUUUUUCUGAAGUUCAGCUCUCUGCAUUUCUGCAACAGUUGGUGAUUUAAAAAAACAUGAAAAUUCACCAGCAUUUUAGUGCAAAUUUUUCCUAAUAAACAUUUUUCUAUACAGUUUUGUCAAAUAUACACAUUUUUGCAAGCAAUUUCCCCUAAUAUAAUGCAUCUUGUCAUUUUCACCAAUAUAUGCAUUUUAUGCAUGCUUUACCAUAGCAUAUGCAUUUUUGUACACCUUACUUUGCUGGAGAACUGCAUUACAAAAUUUGGAAAAGUGCAAAUUUCAGAGAUGGCUAUGUUUUACUUCAUGUAUUGUUUUGGAAAGUGCAUAUUUGGUAGAUUCCCCUUUAAAUGCAAACUGAAUUGAGCUUCUCAUCCCUAUGUAUAGAGCAAGGUUAGCCAAUGUGGUGCCCUCCAGAUGUUGUUGGACUCCAACUGUGACAACUCCAGCCAGGUUGGCCAAUGGUCAAGGAAGAUGGGAACCUCCCUCCCUGCACCAGCAGUGGCACUUGGGGAAUGGAGCACAGUGCAGAAGCAGCAUCCUGGUGGCAGAGAUGCUGUUUAUCAGAAUGGGGUGGGAAAAGGCAGCAGCAAGGUUGGGGAAGUUCCGGAUUGGUGGUGGUGGCCCUGCGGUUGAGCAUGCACCUGUGGGACCAUUGCUGCUGCCAACCUACAGAAGUUGCUGGACUCCAGCCCCCAACAACUGUAGCCAGCAUGGCCAUUGGUCAGGGAUAGUGGGAGGUUGAAUUCUACUCCAAAAAAUUUGGAAAGCGUAAGGAUGGGGAGAGUUGCUAAAUGCUAUCACCGUUUGACCUGCAAUCUUUUUGCAAAUGUAUGAAUAGGAUUUGCAAGUCUUGUGUUUCGCAGGUCCUACGGCAGCAGUGGGGAACUUCUGGCCUAAUGAGGCCUGGCAGGGGUCCUGAUUUGGCCCGUGAGGCCAUUUCCUCUGAAAGACAUCCACCUGAUAUCAUAUGCAUCUUGUACAAGGAGGGCAGAAAAGGACCUUGAUUCCUGACUUUCGCUGUGAAUCUUCUGCAACCAUAUAAGAUAUCAUCUAACUUCUUGUUGCAACACCUAGGGCUGGUAUGAAGAUAAUACCAUUUUGUUCUUUUAA